UGACUCUAGUCACAGCAACCGGUUACCGGACUUGCCGCCUUUGUCUGCUUCUUCCUCUUCGUGCAGGUCGCGACUCGCGGUCCCGGCAACAGGAGCGCAUUGUGCACAGUCUACGCAUUGCAUCGCUGCUGUCAAAGAGCGCCUUCCUUAGCCGAGUAAGCUCCAGGUUUCUUCUGCAGCAGGAAAAAUCUUUCUGAGCUGCUCUUGUAAAUGAUGGCGCCUGACCCCACUCCCAAGGAUGACGUGACCGUAGACGUCCCCUCGCAAGCCGCAGACGGCUACGACAAAGUCUUCAAGGGCCUUGAAAACAUGGCAAUCCACAAAGAGGGGGCAGAAUUGGGGCCCAUCAUCCCUGCUCCUGCACCCCCCCCCGCUUUGGAAGAGGGGGAUCCCCUGGCAGAGCUGCGGAAGGCUGGGAAGGUGCCCCCCAAGACGAUAAUCUACGACCCGCAGUCGCCGUUCAUUGCGCUUAUCAAAAUGGGGGGCACGGCGCUCGAGAUGGUUCUGAUGCGCCCGGAUUUCUACCUCAUCAUGUUGGUGCACGUGUUCCUCUGCCUCAUGUACUACCAGGUUUCGCAUAACCCGGUGCUGGUUAGCAGCAGCAACGGCUCCCAGCAGUCGUGGCCAUUCCUGUCGCCCACAACGAUUGUUAUCCCCGGAACCAUGAUUGUCUUCUUCAUGGUUUUCCACACGAGCCAAGCCUACAGCCGCUUCUUCGAGCAGUACCUCGCAACUGCCAGAGUGGAUGGCCGCAUUAACAACCGUCUGACGCCACUCUUCCGGAUGGCGUUUGCUGACGACUGCUUCCCCGGCGCUCGGGAAACCAGGAUGCUCCUUGCGCGCUAUGCGGUGUCAAUCGAGUAUCUGGGUUACGCUAACCUUCCCUUCUACAAAGCCAACGGCGCGGGAGAGUGGGCAUGGAAACGGGUCGAGGACACUGGCCUUCUGACUCCGACCGAAGUCGCAAUCCUGAGGAAGGUACCCAACGGCAAGGCGUUCAAGGAGCUCUCGGUGUGGAUGUGCCACCGCCUGCACGCGCACUUCGUCAACGAUGACAUCAGCAACGUCGAGCUCGACCGCUUCGUGGAGUACACCAAUGACCUGGUGGCCAAUAUUGGGAUCAUCUACGAUUACAUGGCGAUGCCCGUGCCGUUUGCCUUCUUCCACUUGCUCAACGCAGUCCUCGUCGGGUACCUGCUUCUGCUGGCAUACACUUACUGCAUGUACAGCUACUACUACUCCAUUAUUGGCAUGCUGCUGACGACCGUUUCGCUGCUGGGCCUGCGCGAGCUGUCGUGCGCGCUCUCCGAUCCGUUCGGCUCCGACGCGACCGACCUUCCCGUCUUCGACUACGCGAUGGCCGUGCACCGUUACGUUAACGCGUCGAUUCUUGACCGCCCGGAGGGACUCUCCGAGGCAGGGCCGGGUGCCAAGGCGAGGAGGGUUAAAGGGGAAUGA